AUGUCUCUGGAAACCCUAUCACUGGCCGUUUACGUUAUGACCAUGUUUUUGGGACUGCCUUCCAAUCUCCUAGUCUUUUACAUUUUCUGCAAGAAGGCCCAAAGCCGGCUGACCCCAAAUCUCAUCUACAUGAUUAACCUUUGCAUCUCCGACCUCGUGUUCAUAAUGUUUUUACCCAUCAAAAUUAUGGAAACGUUCUUAUCCGGAUGGACCCUUCCAGAGAUCUUGUGUCCGCUGUACAACCUCUUUCACUUCAGCACCAUCUACGCCAGCAUUUUAUUCCUCACCGCCGUGAGCGUCGGCCGGUACCUGAGCGCCGCCUUCCCGAUCAAGUACAAGAUCUACAAGAGGCCCAAAUAUUCUUUCUUGAUCUGCAUUUUCCUGUGGGCCAUCGUGCUGGGCCAUGUGACCUUCGUGUUCGUCUUCGAGACCACCCAGAAAGGCCGUCUUGAACUGUUUGUUUCCCAAAAAAACGAUCAAGUGGUCUGUUAUGAAAACUUUACUGCUAGCCAGUUGGAAGUGAUUCUGCCGGCAAGAUUGGAGUUCUCAAUCGUCCUUUUCUUACUUCCUCUGGGUAUCACCAUAUUUUGCUACACCCGUUGUAUUCAGAUUCUGAUGAGAUGCUGCAUGCACGUGAAGCACAAGAAGAAAGCCAUUCGGGUCGCAGUCACGACGGUGACCGUCUUCAUCGUGUGCUUUGCCCCUUAUAAUGUUUCCCAUAUAGUGGGCUUCAUUCGACACGAGAGUGUAACCUGGCGCCAGCAGGCCCUCCUGCUCGGCACUUGCAAUGCCUUUCUGGACCCCCUCAUCUUCUACUUCUUGUCUUCGACGGUCGACAAAGGGUUUUACCAAGCCUGGAAGUCUUUGCAGCGAAGAUACAGCAUGUCGAAGAGGAAGCUCUCGUCUGCUUUUGGAAAGGAACUACCAGACCCUGCAAAGACACAACAUAUAAUAACUAUAACUGUAUAG